AUGCAGGUCCUAGCGCCCAAGACCCGCACCGAGCUGCAGGCGCGCCUCAAAGCCGCCCUCGACGGCUACAUGAAGCACCGCACCGGCGUCCAGCGCGUCCUCACCGCUGGCUUUGUGAUCUACUGCAUCGUAGCAGCGGGCGUAAACCUCACCGGCAAGGGGGCCAAGGAUAUGGGUGAGCGCCCGUCAUCCAAAGGCCGGAGGCGCAAGAAGGGUCGAGCGAGCGUCUCCGACCCAGCCUUCCAUCAGCGCCUGAAGAAGCUGCUCCGCAUCGUCAUCCCCGGUAUCCGCUCCCGCGAGGCCGGCAUGCUCGCCCUUCACACCUGCUUCCUCCUCGCUCGUACAGGACUUUCGCUGUAUGUGGCCGACCUCGACGGCCGUAUCGUGUCCAGCCUGGUUACGGCCCAGCCACGCCUGUUUGCCAUGAACCUCUUAAGGUUCUGCGCUAUCGCCAUCCCGGCAACCUAUACCAACAGCAUGAUCCAAUACCUUCAGAACGAGCUCAGUCUCGCGUAUCGCACACGCCUCACCCGAUACCUCCUUGUCAAGUAUCUUGACUCGGAGGAGGCCGACGGCGACGACUUCAAGAUGUACUACAAGCUAGGCAAUCUCGACGAUAGAAUCAAGAACGCCGAUCAGUACAUCACUGUCGAUGUGCAGCAAUUCAGCAACAAGCUCGCAGAGGUGUACAGCAACAUCGCCAAGCCCGUCCUCGACGUCAUCCUCUACAACUACAAGCUCAGCCGCAACGUUGGCGCCGAGGGCCUGGUUCUCCUCACUGCACUUGUGCAGUUGUCAGCCCAGGCGCUCCGCGCCAUUACCCCGCCCUUCGGCGAGUACGCUGCACACGAGGCAAAGCUCGAGGGCGAGCUGCGCUUCACCCACUCUCGCCUCCUCGAGAACGCCGAGGAGAUCGCGUUCUACCACGGCGAGGAGUUUGAGAAGAACGUCAUCGAGCGCGGGUACUUUGCGCUGGUCAAGCACAUCAACCGCGUCCUUCGCACGCGAGUGUGGCAUGGCAUGGCCGAGGAUGGCGUCAUCAAGUGGGCGUGGGGCAGCUUCGGUCUUGUCAUCUGCGCGCUCCCUGUGUUCCUUGGCGGUGCUCUUGGCAUUGAUACCGGCACCAUGGGGAGCCGAACGGAAGGCUUCGUCACCAACCGACGUCUGCUUCUCUCCUCGUCAGACGCAUUUGGCCGCGUCAUGUACUCGUACAAGGAGCUGGCCGAACUCGCGGGAUACACGUCGCGCGUCUCUGACUUCAUUGAGGCCAUGGACGACGUCCGCGAGGGAAAGUACCAGAAGAAGCUUGUCUCGAGCGCGAGCGUCGAGGAGAACGCGAAGAUGCUCCGCGGCCGCGGCAAGAUCAUCGAGUCGGAUGUGAUUCGCUUUGACAGCGUCCCGCUUAUUAGCCCGAACGGCGACGUUCUCGUCAAGAGUAUGAGCUUCAACGUCGAGCCAGGUAAGCACCUCCUCGUCGUCGGCCCGAACGGGUGCGGCAAGUCGUCUCUCUUCCGCAUCCUCGGCGGCCUGUGGCCCGUCUACGGUGGAGUGGUCUACAAGCCACCCGAGAAGGAGUUCACCUACAUCCCUCAGCGGCCUUACCUGUGCGCAGGCACGCUGCGGGACCAGAUCAUCUACCCCGACUCGGCCGAGGAGAUGGAGGCCAAGGGUGUCGCGGACGAUGACCUCAAGAAGCUCCUCGAUGUCGUGGAUCUCGGCGGUAUGGUCGAGCGCGAGGGCGGCUGGGACGCUGUGCGGGAAUGGCGUGACGCUCUCAGUGGUGGCGACAAGCAGCGUAUUGCGAUGGCGCGUCUGUUCUACCACAAGCCCAAGUACGCUAUUCUUGACGAGUGCACUUCCGCCGUGACGCUCGACAUCGAGAAGCGCAUGUACGAGCACGCGACCGAGCUCGGCGUCACCAUGAUGACUGUCAGCCACCGGGCGUCGCUGUGGAAGUAUCACUCGAUGGUGUUGCAGUACGACGGCAUGGGCGGGUACAUCUUCACCGAGCUCGAUGCCGAGAAGCGCCUCGCACUGCAGGAGGAGAAGCAGGAGCUCGAGCAGCGCCUCGUCGAGGUGCCCAAGUUGCGUGCGCGCCUGGAGGAGUUGCACGGCGUCAAGCGCCAGCAGCUGGGAAGCGCGUAA